CGCCGGGAAGGGGCCGGCAGCCUUAGCAGCUCCGCAGCGGGAGGACGUCUGCCCACCUGCGUGCCCAGGUCAGGGGCGGCUUUGUGCUGCUUUGCUCUAGGGUAAAAAUGGCCUCUCGACGGAUCACACGGGAGACGUUUGAUGCUGUAGUGCAGGACAAAGUUAAAAGGUACCGGAUGGAGCGGAGCGAUGCUAUAGAAAACACCAUCCAUCACUUUAAAGCUCAUUCAAGGCCAGUCCCAAGACCGAGAUAUGAAGACAGUUUUCAUGAUGAGGGAAGAUAUACUCAUGACGACACCCAACAGCAUCCGCCUGAUGACUGGAGUGAAGACCCUAGAGAUGAGUAUCCAGGACCUUCUUAUAGAUCUACUAGCCCUCUCAUAAGGAAAGAUAACUAUUACCACGAACAGUAUGGCCGCCCAGCGUCUCGCGACCGGGAGUAUGGGCGCCCGGCUUCUCGCGACCGGGAAUUUGGCCGCCCGGCAGCUCCCGACCGGGAGGAUGGGCGCCCAGCUUCUCAUGACAGGGAGUAUGGGCGCCCGGCAUCUCGAAACCGGGAGUAUGGGCGCCCGGCUUCUCAUGACCGGGAAUAUGGGCGCCCGGCUUCUCAUGACCGGGAGUAUGGGGGCCUGGCUUCUCACGACCAGGACUAUGGCCAUUCUGACCCCUGGGAGUCCGCCGGACCACACGAAACUGACUUUAGUUCUUCAGAUAUUUUAGGUGAUUUUAGAUCACCAGGACUCAUGGAAGAGGAAUACAGUAACAUGGAAAGUCAGGAGUAUACCAUGGACUUUGGAAUUCAAUCUGACAGUGAGUUCAGGCCCCCGGUACGGAGGGGCACCAUCGGCAGGGGAAGAGCUCUGCGAGGAAAACGUAUUGCAAGGGGCGCUGCCAAAACUAAAGUAUUCAAAGGGGAUAUCAAAACUCCUCCCCUAAAAAAAUGGAACACUAAAAAGCUGCAACCAGAGCCCGAACAGAAGCCAGCUAUGCAAUCUGAUCAAAUGCCAGAUACUGCUGAACAUCCUAACCAGAGACCGAUGACCAUCCAGCGCCCUAAUCAAAAGCUGCCUCCGCGACCUAAUCAGAGACCAACUGUAACAACCCAGAGACCUAUCCUCAGGCUUCCAAAGCCUGCGCACGUUUUCAGAAAUCUCAGUUUUGACCUCGUGGACAAAUCUGACAUUUUUUCAACAUUUGGAAUAGAAAUCAUAAAAUGGGCUGGAUUUCAUGCAAUAAAAAAUGAUGCAGAAUUUUCCCGGCUCUUUGGAGCUCUCUUUGAGCUAGAAACAGAAACCUGUGCAAAAAUGCUUGCUUCGUUCAAAUGCUCACUAAAGCCAGAACACAGAGAUUAUUGUUUCUUUACCAUCAAGAGUUUACAACAUGCUGCUCUGAAAACUCCCAAAGUGGACAAUGAGUUUUUAAAUAUGCUAUUGGACAAGGGUGCUGUGAAAACAAAGAACUGCUUCUUUGAAAUAAUAAAACCUUUUGAUAAAUACAUAAUGAGGCUCCAAGACCGUCUACUAAAAGGUGUUACCCCUCUGCUUAUGGCCUGCAAUGCUUACGAAUUAAGCAUUAAGACAAGUGGUUUCAGUAAUCCCAGAGAAAUGGCAAAUGCUUUUGAGACCACUGUUUCUCUUUGUCGUAAGUCUUUAGCACUUCUGGGUCAGACCUUUGCAUUAGCAUCUGUUUUCAGGCAAGAGAAAAUACUGGAAGCUGUAGGGCUCCAGGAAAUGGCUCCAGCACCAACAUUAUUCCCAAAUUUUGAUGAUUCAACAUUGUUUGGAAGAGAGUACAUAGAAAAUUUGAAGGCUUGGUUGGAGAAAAGUGGAUAUCCAAUUCAGAUGAAAAAAGCUGAACCGGAUUCCACAGUACAGCUUAAAAAGCCCUCUCCUGACACAAAAAUUAAGAUCCCACAGCGAGCUGAUCGGAAAGUUGUAGAGACAAUUGAAAAGCUAGUGGAUAGCAUUAUUUCAGGAACCUUGUCUGCCAAAGAGAGAAACGCUCAAAAGAACUGCCCUGAAUAUUGGUUCUUGUCUGAAGAAGAUAGUCUAGAAUACAAAUAUUACAGACUGAAAUUAUCAGAGAUGCAAAGGCGAACAUCAUCUGGAAAGGAAGCAGGCAGUGAAGGCAGAACGCUAGAAGAAUCUGCAGCAGAAUCGGUCAGGGCCAUGUUGUAUGCCAGGAAAGUAGCAAGUAUUAAGAGAAGACUAUUUAAAAGAAAAAGGCUCGGAAUUGUUGCGCCAUGUGGACUUCAAGGAAGGAAGGUGAGGAGGGCAACAAUAGGGACACAGACUGUGCUGUCAGCUGGUACAAUGCUGAAACGCCAGGAGAAGCACAUCCAAGGUUCAGUCCAGCCAAAGCCUUCUGUAUCAGAAACCAAUGUGGCUGAAAAGAAUUCUUCCUUGGAUACAACUGGCUCCUCACAAUGUGCCGCCAGUCCAGGAGUCUCUCUGCCAGCAGAAGAAGGGGCAGAUUCUGAGGAUUUAUUGGCACCGCCUGAACUUUUCCCACCGUUGUCCUGUCAGUUUCCUGAUGUGGAUGCUAAAACAAUGGAAACUGCUGAGAAGCUGGCCAAGUUUGUUGCUCAGGUAGGACCAGAAAUUGAGCAGUUCAGCAUAGACAACAGUGCAGAUAACCCGGACCUUUGGUUUCUACAGGAUCGAAAUAGUUCUGCUUUCAAAUUUUACCGAAUGAAAGUCUAUGAGUUAUGUCCAUCCAUUAACUUCAGUGCCGUGUCAGAAACAACUGAGGCUGAGGAAUGUACUAAACCUGAAGAGAGAAAUCUGGAUAUUUCAGAAGAGGAGGAGGAGGAAGAUGAAGAGGAGGAGGAAGAAGAUAAUGAGGAGGAAGCUGAGUUUGAAGAGGAUAUCUCCCGACCUUUGGAAGAGAUUGAAAUGGAAAUGGAGCAAGCAGAGGAGGGAGAAGAGGAGGACUUCUCAGCAGGUAGAAGUGAGGAGAACCUCGCUGAAGAGAUGAUUUCCAAAGCAGGAGAGGAAAUUUCAACAGGUGAAAUGCAGCUAGCCACAUCAUCUGAUGGUACUAUACCAAAUCUGUCAACACAGGCAUCGAUUCCUGCUCCUGGUACCCUCUUUCCUCGCAAACGAAUCAGCAGCAAGUCACUGAAAGUUGGUAUGAUUCCUGCCUCUAAAAGGAUAUGUCUCAUAGAAGAACCAAAAGUUCAUGAACCUGUCAGAAUCGCUUAUGAUAGGCCUCGUGGUUGCCCAGUUACAAAGAAGAAGAAGAAGCCUAAAGAUUUAGAAUUUUCACACAAGAAACUGACAAACAAAAACGUGGGUUUCCAGAUGCUUCAGAAGAUGGGCUGGCAAGAAGGACAUGGCCUUGGUACACGAGGAAAAGGAAUCAGAGAGCCUGUAAAAGUGGGUGCUACCUCUGCAGGGGAGGGCUUGGGUGUUGCAGGGGAAGAAAAUAAAGAAGAUGCAUUUGAUGUUUUCCGUCAAAGAAUGAUACAAAUGUACAGGCAGAAAAGAGCAAGUAAAUAGUUCCAGGCUCUCUUCCAUGAAGACUGCAAGCUUCAGUGAACAUUUUAACUAACUUCAGUGGUGUGUCUACUGUCUUUUGGUUGUUUUUUGCCAUUAAUCUUGUAGAGCAAUUUGCUAGUUUUUGUUCCGUGCAAAUUGGCAGUAGUGCUAAGCUAGUAACAAUUAGAUGCUUAUGUUAUUGGAUAACUGACAUUUCUUUUUAGUGUAAGUAAACAUGUUAGCAUUGUUAAUCUUUUAAUAUCUGCAAUAAAUGUAGAACUAAACAAUUUCUGGUUUAAAUGUUUUGCUUGUGAAUUUGGCCCUUUGUGAGAGAUAUGCAUCGUUUUGGCACUAAUAAGUGGAAUUGAGAUUAUGCAGUGUUAUUUUAGUGUAAAGCAGGAUUUUAUAGUGUGUGAGGGAAGGAAGGUCCCUCUGUUUCUAUGCUGCUAAAUGGUUUCUGUACAGAAUACCCAUUAAAUCAUUUCUUAGUUACUUUUUCAUGGGUUCCAGUGCAUGAAACCCAUGCACAACAGUGUUACGUGCAACAUGAAUGCCAAAACCAUUGUGCUCCAGUCAAAAUGCAAGUUUUGCCCUUUACUUACGUGUCUGAGGAAUUGUGUCUCUGAUUUUCUCAGUGCCCUGAGUUUAAGACAGCAACACUUUCUCUUUUACAUGUACGUGUGGUUUACUGUUGCCUUUAAAUUCAAAUUCUUUUUUAGAAAGGAUGCGAGGGGAAACAUUGCAACAAACUGAAAUUUGACAUGUGUUCAGCAGCCUUCCAUUGAGAGGUAAAGUGAGAGUGUUCAUUUACUGAAGAUGCAAGCCAGGUUUCUUGUCCCUUCCUUUUAUUCUGACAGCUAUAGCAAGCAUUACUGAGACAAGUUCAAGCCCUAGCUAUACCAUUUUUUCUUCCUUUUCCCUCAGAAAUUUACUAAAUGUUAAGGACCUGGUUCUAGAAGAAAGGAAGUUUGCUCUCAUGGGAUAGAAAUGAGGCGAUCCCCAAUUUGGGGGAGGUGCCCUAAUGGAGUAAAAGAACUACAGUCAUAGUAUUUUUACAGUGGAGUAAUUGUGUUGGACUAAUACAGAUGUUCUCGUUCUUUUGCUUUCAGAGAUUGUUGUUGUGAUACCAAUGACAUUUUUCCUAUUUAUUUUUUUUACAAAACACUACAGCAUCCUUCGUGUGAACACUUAAUCUGUGCUAUCAUUUCUCAGAAUCAAUGUGCAGUAUUUUUUUCUAUUGAUAUUUCUUUCUAUACGUCCUCUGUUCUUGUGCCCAAAGAAAGUCUGGACUCUUAAAUUCAAAUACUGAUACUUUGGAUUGUUUUCUGUCCUGUAAGUAGGUAUACUUUAUAAUUCAAAAUGAAUUUCUGGAAGUCUUGUACCAUCUUUCAUUCUGCAUAUCUCACGACUGAGUGGCCAAUCACAACCAGACUGUACGUUUGAGCAAUAAUAAACACCUAAAUGAGAACAUGCUCAAAGAACAAUAGGGUACUCCGGAAAUAAAUAGUUUUUGUGAACCGUGUUGAGUAGGUAACUUGCUGAAUUACAGCAAGUGUGGAAAAUGUUUGCAUUAUCUGUGGGCAAUAAAGUUACUGCUGUUUAAGAAAGUGCUA